GUGACAAUUUUGGGAAAAAUGUGAAACAAACAAAGAUGCUGCAGUUGAUCUUCAAAUUGAGUGAAUGGCAGAUUUGGUGCAUUGAUAGAUAAAAAAACAAAAUGGCUGAAGAGGCAGAUAAGGAAAAUCUUGUUGACGAUGUUGUGUCUACACUACAGUCAUUUCAUAUCGGUGACAGUCCUACAGCUGACACAAACAUAAUUAAUUCUAGCAGACAAAAUGUAUUCCAGAGAACACAACACAGAUUUCAGUCAUCGGAACCGUCUGCCUCAGCUAAUAUUAUAUCAUCAGAAUACUCCUCAGAUGACAGUCAGUCAUCAAAUGAAAGGAAAUCUAGAAGUUUAAAGCAAAGGAUUCAAAGGAAAUUAAAUCAGAAAUCUGAAAAUUCAAAUGUUGGUAAAAAUCAAAAUUCUCAUGUCCCUGAUGUUGUCCCUAAAAGUGAUCCAUCAAAUGCUGUCAGGUCAACGACUGACAAUUCACAAAAUAACACAAACUCUUUAACAGAAUCUUCUUCACAACCUAUUUCAGAAGCAAGUAAGGAAACAUUACCGAUUGCAGAAGUUAAUCCUAAUGUUCAGUCAUCAGAUGCUGCAGAAACACAACCUCCAGUAUCAAAUACUUCUCAACCAAACACCUCUCCAGAUAAACCACCAGAGAGAAGACGGAGGAGGUUUAUCACCAGAGAAAAGGAACCAGAAGAAUCAACCACACCUUUGAGUCCUGAGCUUGCUCAGAAAGCUGGGUCAGAGUCACCUGAAACCAGUACUACCCGUGUAAGAACAAGGAGUAGGACAAGAUUACUCAAUCAAAAUGAGGACUCCAAAGGUUCUCCUGAAUCAAGUCAGACCUCUGAUCUUACUCAGAGAACAGGACCAGAGUCUCCUGAAACCAGUACUACCCGUGUAAGAACAAGGAGUAGGACAAGACUACUAAAUCAAAAUGAGGACUCAAAAGGUUCUCCUGAAUCAAGUCAGACCUCUGAUUCAGCAGAACCAGGAACGAGAACUGGACAGAGAAGAAGUGUACUAAACGAAAGUGCCUAUUCUGGUAUCCGAGCAAAGUCUGUUGAACGUACUGUUAGGGUAAGAUCAUCUGGGCUGUUAAAUUCAAAUCAGGAUGCUUCUAAAUCACUUAACUUGACAUCUCAAACAAAUAAUUCUGUUGACAACCAAGCUUCAGGUGAAAACACUGAAACCACAGAAAAACCAGCAACGUCUAGGAGAAGUGCUGCUGAAUGUAUACGUUUAAGACGAGUGCAGAGUUUGGAAAGGGGGAAAAGGCCAUCUUUCCUGUCAAAUAUUAAUAAAAGUUGCGAUGAUAAACAAUUAAGUCUACCAACAACUCAAGUCACUCAAACACCUGUUAUUGGUAAUCCAUUAAUUGCCAAACUUGAAUCGACUUAUAAACUUUUAAGAACACGGAGAACAAGAUCAGAUACUCCAUCGAAAAGUGAAGAAUCAAGUAAUUCUGUGCAAAAUAGUCCUGAAAUUCAGUCCUCGCCAAAAAAUGGAAAUACAAAUAUGCAACAAACAGAGCCAGUGCCAAAUGUAUUGUCUUCCUCAAAACCUGUAGCUGAGAGAGUACCUACAAAUGGUCAGAACCCUAAUAAGAUAGAAUCUCAGAAUAUUAAUAAUAAAUUAGAAAAUCAAGAUGGAACAACUCCCAUACAUGACAUAGAGACUAAAGAUCCAACUCUUAUAUUUAAAUCUAAUGAAACUAUGGACAAACCCACAAAUCCAGAUAUACAUCAGCCAGAAAACAAAUCAUCCAAACUUGAUCCCUCCAUUUAUCCACACCAUGACAUAUCACAAACUGUAUCAGAUCAAAACAUAUCAGACAAAUCUCCACAAAAACUUUUAUUUGAGUCAAAAACCGAGCAGAGCUUAUUUGAUGAAUCUCCGCAAAGAAGUAGACAUUCAUCUGGAACAAGAACUGAUCAAAACAUAUCAAACACUGAUAAAAUUCCUCAGAGAAGUAGACAUUCAUCUGGAGGCAGGACCUUAAGUGAAUCGUCUGAAAUCAAGCAAGUAAUGACUCCAAAGGGAAGUAAAUCAUUAGACAUACCUGACUUGGCUCUCAAUAACUCAUCAUUAAGACGAACGCCAGUCACUGAUUUAGAUCAAGCAAUGAAACAAAGAGAUGAAGAAAAGUUACGAAAAUUGUUUAAAAAUACUGAAGCAGGAAUAAAUGAUGUACAAAAACAGGAAGAUAAUUCAUCAAAAGUUGUAUGCCAAAGUGAGGCUGUAAUGGAAACCGAUUUAGAUCAUGUUCCUAUUCAAAAUAGUCGAUUCAAUAGAACAGUUGAUGGAAGUUUACGAAAUAAUAGUUUAUCAUCACCGUCAAGUCCAAAAGUGUUUGCUGAACAAAUAAGGCCAAUAGACAGUCCUAAGGCAUUUACAAAUCAGAUAAAAUCACCAAGUAGUCCAAAACCAUUUGGUGAGCAGCCAAAGACUUUUAGUAGUGUGAAACCACUAACAGAUCAAACGAAAGCUUUAAAUAGUCCUAAACCAUUCUUACCUAUGGCAGAAUAUAAACCUGUGACCAGUGCCGUGGCACAGUUAAUAACCGAAAGUAUCAACAAGGAAGAUGAGGAUGUAAAACCCAAUGCUAAAGAAUACAGUCCAUAUCAAAACCUUGAUGACGCUGUCAAAUGGCCAGCUUCAGUUCCUGGAACUCUUGAUUUCAGUCGCAUGGAAGUUUUUGAAGGGAAGAUGUUACUUUCAUGGCUGUCUUCAUCUAUUGAUGAUAACCAUUACCUCAGAUUAAUGUUGACCCGACAUGACCUACAAGUUAUAGGCUCACAGUAUUGUACCUGUCUGAUUGCUGCUGGAGUUAUCAAAGAGGUGAACAGGAAGGACUCACAAUGGCUGUUUAAGGGUGAUUGUAUGUACUACUGGACCCAUACAGAAGUACCUGUAACAAAACAACAAAAUGUCGAGAUUGGUAAACUUACACCCUCGUGGCCCCCACCACAAUAUCUGAGUGAAGAAGAUCUAAAGGCAGGACGAAAAUUUACAGAGGCAGACCAACAAGCUAUGUUAGUACAUGUGAGAAAUGAAUAUAAAACAGAGCUGGAUAAAGUUGAGGUAGGACACCAAAAUGUAUUAGACCACUGUAGGAAUGAAUAUCAAAGUAGACUUCAAAACUGUGUGGAAAAAAUAGCCCUUCUUGAACAGGAAGUUGCACGGUAUAAAAAACUCGCAGGCAUAGAGGAACAUUCACAAUCUGCUUUAUCUGAUGCAAAUGCUGCUGAAAAAGAGGCGGGUCAUGUGACAAAUGGUUACUAUGACAGCCAAGGACAAUUAUGUGUAGCAGUGACAGGAACACCACAUUUGCAGCAUACUUUGGCUGCUGUUACACCAGAAUGUAUUUAUGGAUUAGUGCCUACAAUACAUGAGGAAAAUGGGGAGGAGGGGGAUAUGCCUGUUGAGAAAUUAAAAUUCUCUCCUGAACAUAUAGGAGUACCAACAAUACCAGUGCCACCACCACCUCCACCUCCAGGAAUACCUCCUCCUCCACCUCCUCCGUGUCCAGCUCCACCAAUACCAGGAGCACCUCCACCACCACCUGGACCCCCUGGAGCUCCACCAGCACCAGGAAUGCUUCAGAGAAGAGGUUCUUUAAAGCCUUUGAUCAGUACCAAGUCUCCAAUGAAACCUCUGUUCUGGAACAGAAUUGUUGUUAAUGAAAUAAAGUCACCCAAACAUAAAGAGUAUGCCAAUGCCAGACUUGUAUGGGAAGAAAUAGAUGAAGCUAGAAUCAAUUUUGAUGAAGUGGAUGAACUGUUCUCUAAAGUGCCAAUAGAUAAUACCAGAAAGUCUCGUCUCACCAAAAGUAAAUCACCGCCAAAACAGUUUGCCAAAGUGAUAGAACCUAAACGCUCCCAAGCAAUUGGUAUUUUGCUAUCGAGUUUGCGGUUAGAGUUUUUUGUUAUUGAAAAUGCCAUAAUGCAUUUAGAUACCUCACAACUAGAAAUGGAGAAGUUGAAAGCUAUUUAUGACAAUAGGGCAGAUGAUGAAGAGAUAAAAAAAAUAAAGAAGCAUAUAGAUCAAAACCCCAAUGUGCCUCUUGAUAAACCUGAUCAGUUUCUGUAUGAUUUGACUGUGAUACCAGAUUUUGCAGAGAGGAUGUUUUGUUUUUUGUUUCAAGAAAAUUUCCAAGAAAGCAUUUCUGUGAUAGAGAAUAAACUCAACAAUUUAAAAAUGACUUCUGAUACAUUGAUGAAUGGGAAGGGAGUGAAAGAUGUUUUAGGAUUAGUAUUAGCUGUAGGAAAUUAUAUGAAUGGAGGAAAUAGAAGUAGAGGUCAAGCUGAUGGAUUUGAUAUAAGUAUACUGCCAAGAUUAAAAGAUGUUAAAACAAAGGAUAAUAGAUCCAGUUUACUACAGUUUGUUGUAAUGACUUAUAUAAAGAAGUUUGAUUAUGACAACGCUGGGACAGAGAAAGCCAUUUUACCACUUCCAGAUUCUAGUGACAUCUCACAAGGCAUGCAGGUUAACUUUGAUGACAUCGAUAAAGAGUUAAAGAAAAUAAAGAAAGAAUUUGAUGCUGCUCUCAAAAGAUCAAAUAAAGUAAUUAAACAUGCUCAUGAAGAUGAUCUUCAACCUUUUAAAGCUGUCAUGGAGGAUUUCUUUGAAAAGGGUAAAAAUGACUUACAAGAACAAGAUGAUUCUAUCAAAGAAGCUAAAAUGAUGUUUGAUGAAAUUGUGAUCUACUUUUGUGUAAAACCAAAGUCAGGAGAUAAGUUUGUUACUCCAGAUUAUUUCUUUUCAUCAUGGUCAUCGUUCUGUGGAGACUUUAAACAGAUGUGGAAGAAAGAACAGCAAAAAGUCCUCAAAAUAAAAAUACAAGAAGCAGAGAAAAGAUUUAAGCAGUUACAGGAGGGCAAGAAGGCUGCCUUAUUGAAUACAAGAACAAGAAAAGCUGGUAGUUUGAAAGACAAAUUGGCCAGAAAGAAUAUGUUGUGAAGAUAGAACACAGGAAGGGACACAACUCUGUCUCAUAUUCCAUUUGAAUGAUACUGCUUGUACAAUGGAGGGUACAGUUGUUAUUUUGCUGCAGCUAACUUGCCAGACUUUAUACCACUAUAAAGGGUUGUAGUCAAAGAACUGUUUUGUAGUUAUGGUACAGUCUAAAUCCUUAAAACUACAAUGGCAUACUUCCCAAGUAUGUGACUUUAAACAUAGGAGGUUCCCCAUUCUAAAAAUAGUUAAAAUUUAUCAAUGAUAGAAUCAAACUUUUCUGUCAAGCUUCAAGCUGAAAAGUUGGGAUAUUGGUGGAAGUACUUUCCAAGACAACCAAUCUUGCUCACAGAAACCUUAAUACAAUGAAAUAACAUAUGAAGAAUUAAAGAGGUUCAUAUUUUCCACUAGAACUCCAUAAGAUCAAUCUGAAGGACUUACUUAUAUUUCUUAUAAAGAUAUUAAGUUUAGUUUAUAGACAAAUCUAAAUACUGCUUUUAAUUAGGUUGUGUACAUUUUUAAAUUUUACGAUAGAUAGAUUAUCUAUUGAAAUGUAAACAGAAGAUUGUUAAAAUAGUUGUGACUUUAUGCAUUUAUUUUUAUAGCAUUGUUUUUUGCUGUUGUUUUUUUUAAUUGUUUUGUGAUGUAAAAUAUUGUGAUAUUUAUUGAAGUUUUGCUUCUCUCUUGUUACACUCUUUUUGUUGACUGUCAUGACAUUUUUAUAUGAAAGAACCUUUUUCAUCUUUGAUCAGACUCUUACUGGUUAGUGAUUUAUCUAUAUAGAGGUAAAGUUUCAAAGAAAUCAGGUUUAAGAACAACAAAUUAAUUUUUUGGUUUAUGAUGAUUUACAUAUAUAUUUGAUCUAAAUCAUGAAUCUAAACAGACCUAGAAAAAUUGCAUUAACAGAUUAUAUGACUAUUAGCAUUCUUUGUGGAUUUUUUUUGGUAACCGGUAUUGGGUAAUUAGGUGAAGUUAAAGUUAAAUUACUUAUGAUAUGCUGAUACAUUAUAACAGGUUCAUGCAAAUGUUAAUUGUUUCUUUUGGACUAUUUGUAAGUUGGAUAUACGUUUUAGUAUGCUAUAAAUCAAAUAUUAGAAAUAGGUCUGUUACAUUCUCAUCACUUUGACCUACAAUUUACACUUGAAUAUUUUUUUUUUUAGUUUUACAUGUAGGUUAAUAUCCCUGAACCCCAUUGAGGUAUGAUUGAGGUUUUUUUUUACAACUACAGGGUUCCUAUGCAGGACAUAGGAUUUCUUCGAAAUGUUUUAUAUGCUGGGUAAUUUUCAUCAUUACAAUACUAUGACUAAUUUCAGAAACAUUUUUGUACCCAUACAAACACAUUUUAUAUCAUUGUUUAUGAAAUAAGUUUUUAUAAGCUACUUGCAAUAUUACAAUCUGAAACAUCAUCAUGCAUGACUUACAUGAUGAUUUGUAGUCAUGUAAAAAUGACAGUAAUGGCAAUCUUUGCAAAAUAUUGGGCAUAUUGUGUUUUACAUUCAAUAUCAUCAGUACACCAAAUUUACUCCAAAUAUAUUUACAGAAAAAGGGGGGUUGUAGAUGACUUAAUUAGUUGAUGCGGUAUUUGUGAUGGACAGUUUCAUCAAUGCCUUAUAAGCAUUCAUGUGAAACAGAGUGUUACUCAUAUUAUCUACAUGAAAAUGUUUGACACAAAUGUACUAAAAAUUUAAAAGAGUUACGUCCCUUAACUUGGAUUUAUCUCCCUUUUAAACAAAUUUUUGUUUUCCCCAUAUUGACAUCAACCUUACAUACACAAUCUGAAAGUUAACCACUUUUAUCAUUUAAAACCUUGCCAUCAUUAGAAUCUCUGUAUUUUUGUCAAUUCUAAUUUUCUCUUAGAUAUAUAUGUGUUCCUAUCUAGUUUUUGCAAUCUCAAUUUUGAUAUUUUUACCUUUAUAGAACUUUGCAAUCUUUUUUUUUUCCAUUUCAUCAGUUUUAAUACUUCACAGUAAUUUUAUAUAGAUUUUCAUCCUAAAAAGAACAUUGUUUUCCCAUUUAUUUAUUGACCCUCUCGACCCCUCAUCUCUAAACAAUCAUUUACACAGUCAAGUUUAAUUUACAAUCAUGAAUAUCAUUUUAGAAGAUUUUUAUAAAGUUAUUACAAAACCCUCAAUAUUUUUUAUAUUUAUUCAUUCUCAUUUAUUUGUUUUGUAUCUAGAAAUGAAAAUUGAGAAUUGAAUAAAACAUUCUAUAAUCAGUCAAUGUUUAACACUUUAUAAGUACCCCUUUAUUAUUUUUGAAUAAACAGAAGUGAAUAAUUUUCAUUGAUGAUCAUUAUUGAGCAGUUUAUUACAUUCCAUUUUGUUGCUGUUUUUUUUGGUGUGUUGCAACAUUUAAUCAUUGCAUUCCAUGUUUUCUUUAAGAAUUAUUCCAUCAGUUGCCAUUUUGGUGUGUUAUAAUAUUAAAUCAUUGCAUUCCAUGUUUUAUUUUGGACUGCUUAAAAGGUUGUGUGCUUAUUUUGUGAUAUGUUUAUUUUUGAAAUCCAGAUGUUAAUAUGAAUUGUUUAGUUCUAGUCAUAACAAUUAGGUGCCUUGUUGACUAAUAAAUAUCGCUGUUAUUUAUAAAUGGAAUUUUUCGCUUCAUGGUUUCAAAGAAAUCAAUUGCUAAAAAUAUCAAAUUCCAUUUUUUCAUCCGGCUUGAAGUCAUGCAUUCCAUUUUUGUCGAGCCUUCGACUUUAGUCGAAAAAGCGAGACAUAGCGAUCCUACAUUCCGUCGGCAUCAGCGUCGUCGGCGGCGUCAACAAAUAUUCACUCUGUGGUUAAAGUUUUUGAAAUUUUAAUAACUUUCUUAAACUAAACUGGAUUUCUACCAAACUUGGACAGUAGCUUGUUUAUGUUCAUAAGAUAGUAUGCAGAAGUAAAUUUUGUAAAAAUAAAAUUCUAUUUUUUCCGUAUUUUACUUAUAAAUGGACUUAGUUUUUCUGCCAUAACAUUACAUUCACUCUGUGGUUAAAGUUUUUGAAAUUUUAAUAACUUUCUUAAACUAUACUGUAUUUAUACCAAACUUAUACAGAAGCUUGUUUAUGAUCAUAAGAUAGUAUCCAGAAGGAAAUUUU